ACACGUUAUCGGCCACGGUCUGUACCGAUUUUGUUUGCUGAUAUUUGUAGGUGUGAUUAAAGCCCAGUUCAUUUUUAAAAAAAACAUUUUGCUGAUUGCAAUAUGGCUUCUCGUUACUAUAUGCCCUCUCGUCAAGUGCUUAAGUUUCUUCGCAAUCGUCACACUGUAUCCAAUAACGUACGGACUUUCUCUGAGGGAUUGAGGGAACCUUCUCAACCUCUAGGAAAUAAACAGCCCAAAUGGAUGUCAGCGGAAGAAGCUGUGAAAGUUGUCAAAAGUGGCAACACUGUAUUCGUCCAAGGGGCCGCAGCUACUCCGAGAGCUCUGGUGCCUGCCCUGGCUGAGCAUGGGAAGAAAUCAGGCCUGAAGAAUGUCACAGUGUGUCAUAUUCACACAGAAGGUGCAGCUGAAUACAACCAUCCAGACAUGGCAGGGAUCUUCCGCAGCAAUUCCUUCUUUGUGGGUGCUAACAGCCGAGAUGCCAUCAACUCCGGGAGAGGCGAUUUCGUGCCAGUGUUUCUGAGUGAGAUUCCCCUCCUUUUCCAUCGGAAGAUUGUGCCUGUGGAUGUUGCCAUGGUUCAGAUCACUCCAGCUGAUAGUCAUGGUUACUGCAGCCUGGGCACCAGCGUAGAUUGUACGAGAGCUGCACUACAACAUGCAAAAUAUGUUAUUGGGCAGGUAAAUCCGAGACUGCCGAGGACAUUUGGAGACGCUACGAUCCAUAUGUCUCACUUUGAUGUUCUGGUUGAUGGAAAAAUGGAGCUGCCUGAACACAAACCAGAUGUCCUCACUGAGGUUGAACUCAACAUCGGCCGACUCAUUGCAGACAACCUGGUUGAAAAUGGGGCUACCUUACAAAUGGGAAUUGGCUCGAUCCCCGAUGCUGUGUUGGCGAGUUUGAAAAACCACAAAGAUUUGGGAAUCCACUCAGAAAUGUUCAGUGAUGGCGUUGUUGAUUUGGUGAACACCGGUUGCAUCAACAAUAAAUACAAGGCUGUCUAUCAAGGGAAAAUUGUUGGCAGUUUUACAAUUGGAACUCGCAAGUUGUUCGACUUCAUGGAUAACAAUCCUUUUGUCGUUAUGCUGAAUGUGGAUUAUGUCAACCACUCUGAUUACAUUGCUGUGAAUCCCAAGAUGACUGCAAUAAACUCCUGCAUUGAAGUGGACCUCACCGGUCAAGUCUGUUCAGAUUCUAUUGGGACACGAAUUUAUUCCGGUGUUGGUGGUCAAAUUGACUUUUUACGUGGAGCAGCUAUGGGAAAAGAUGGCAAAGGUAAACCAAUCCUGGCUAUGCCGUCCUGUACUGGCAAAGGAGAAUCAAAAAUUGUGCCAUUCAUCAAACAAGGUGGCGGUGUUGUGACAUCCCGUAACCACAUUCACUAUUUAGUGACUGAAUACGGCAUUGCAGAUCUUUUUGGAAAGAACAUCCGCCAGAGGGCCUACCACCUGAUUCAGAUAGCACACCCCAAACACAGAGAAGCAUUGGAAAAAGCUGCCUAUGAACGCCUCAAGUGCAUGCCCUCACCUUGAGGCAGUUGAGUGAUUAUUUGUUUCUCCCCUAGGUAACACAAAUCAUAUCCUCUGCUGUAGUAUUGAUCAACAGGCAUUAUAACCAUUUUAUCCAGUUCAAAAGAGGGAUUUAUUUUAAUUCCUUUGAUGUUUUACCUACAUUUUUUAACUGCAAACAAUUUGUAACUUUGGAGGCUAAUAUGCUGUUUUAUGCAAUCGAUCUAAAUGUUGUCCUAAUGUUAAGCUGAUCUGUGGUAGGAGUUUGUUUGUUGAAAGUAUUUAUUUUUUUGUUGUAUUUAUGAAGUUAUGUUAAUGUCUCAUGUUUUGCAAGAGAAUUGAAGGAUAUCCAAUUUUAUAAGUAUUCUAGAAAAAAAUAUUUAAAACUAAAGUUGGUAAUAUUUGUGAACAUUUUACAAAUAUGUUAUGUACUUAAUGCUAAGAAAAAAAGAUAGUAGUUAAUGUCUUACCAUAUUGAUAAAUGUAUACCUUAAGUUCAAAAAAAGAAA